AGAUAGAUUGAUAGUUUUACAUGUGUAUUUGCAAAUUCCUCAAGCACGCAAACGCGAAUGUGUUGGUUUCCGCGCAUGAAUAUGUUAGGCGGUGAUUUCCCUCCGUGUCGUGUUAUAUGAUGUUUUGUUUAUUUACUUUGCGUCUGCUACUGACUAAAUAUCGAAGUGACAGGAGACAAGAACAAGACUUUUUAUUCUACAGCGAGUAAGCAGCAAGUGUUCUUUAAUUGAAUUUUCGAAAGAAAAAAGGAGAGAGAAGGAAAAAAAACAAAACAAUAACAUUUCGUGUAACGAUAGAAAAUUCUAAAAGCAGCAACGAAGUGCGCGGGAAGAAGGAAGAGUGUGUAGUAGCAGUAGAGUAGAGAAGUUUCGUUGCAGCUGUAAUGUGAAAAACUAUUGAACUGAUCCAGCAUAAACUUUGCCAGGAUUCCCAAACUGUUUAACUCGAAUCUCGAGUAAGACUGAACGAAAUUGAAGAACAACAACUGGAAAGACAGAAAGUUAAAACAGAAGGCGAAACAUUAAUAAUUCAGAAAAUAAAUAAAUUUAAUAAAAAUAAUGAUGGAAAGCAGAGGAAGAAAGCGAAAUCGAUUAUUCUUCGAGACUUCUUUACUGCUUUAAAAAUAAUAAUAUCAGUUUCUCACUUAACUUUCCAAUACCUCAGAAGUUGGAUUAAAGGCGAACUCAAUCUAUUAUAUAUUAUUAUAUUCACCGAGACGUGAAGGCAAGGAUGUUUAGACUGAAGUGUGUAAUAUCAUUGGUUUCCUGUAUUCUCUAAGAAGACGAGGACAAUUAGGAUUCCAAACCAUUACUUAAUGCAUUUGUGACAGCACGUAAAUUAUACAGCUUGUUUAGCUGAUUGCUCCGGUAGUUUACUGUUGUAAAGACGUCGCUUGAAUUUGCCUGUGAUUCGAAACUGAAUCCACUCGCUUGUUGCUUGUCAACCACUUCUCAAAUCUCUGUGUAUUUGCAUCUCCACACUGGAUGGUGAAUGGAAAACGCUUGACCUAAGAGCUUUUUACGUGGUCACUUAAAGGUUGUUGAAAUGUAACUGAAAGAACCUCUAAUCCACCCUGAAGAACGCAGAAACAGCUAAAAUUCGGCGAAUAGUCGAAAUCGAAAAUAUUUACGGAUAAAACACAUAUUCGUAUUGAUUUCAAAGGAUCGUGCACAUGACACCAUAUAUAUCGAAUAACAAUAUUUUACAACUGAUAUUUCAAUGUUACCAAAUAAAAUGACAACAGCAAGGGAAAUAAAAAUGAUUAAUUGAAAGAAAUUCGAUUAUCCCGAAACGCCAAAAUAAGACUUAUAUAUAUAUAAAAUACAUCGUCUUCAGAUUUUAAAAAAAAAUAUACGUUUAUUGACCAAGUCUGUUUUGUUUAUUUUUUUUUCAAAGACAUAUUCCUAUAAGAUAUCAACAUGGAACCGUUAUUUAAUGAGACUGUUCACGUCACGGAACAAAGCCUGUUCGGUGAGAAUUUCAACGACACAUACGCUGACAUGAACAAUUCUCUUUCAAACGCCACAGAACACAGUAUUAGAAGAGUAUUCAUGGAAAUUGUUAAUAUAACCGUAAUGAUCAGUAACUCCCUGAUCUGUAUUACAGGACUGUUUGGCAAUUGUUUGGUAAUAUACGUUGUUACGAUGUUCUCGAAAAUGAAAACUGUUACCAAUACCUAUAUCUUGAAUCUUGCAAUUGCUGACGUUCUCUUCUUAGUCAGUAUUCCUUUACUCAUUGUUACAAUUAAGAAUGGAUUUUGGAUGUUUGGAUUCUUUAUGUGUAAAUUCUAUUAUCUUUUAGUAUCCAUAAAUUCUUUUACUGGGGUCUUUACGUUGACAGUUAUGAGCGCUGAUAGAUACUUUGCUGUUUGUCAUCCAAUAAAAUCCAUGUCACUCAGAACACCAAAGGUAGCAUUUAUUAUAACCGUAUGUAUAUGGUUAAUAUCUAUCCUGAUAAUGUUGCCUGCCCUCAUGUAUUCUACGACAGUGCGUAAUUCAAAAAACAAAGACAGCUGCAUGAUGGUGAUGCCAGAUCACUUGGGAAUCUCGCCAGAUAAAAUAUUCAUUUGGUACAACUUCAUAUUUUCCUAUGCUGUUCCUGUACCGCUUAUAUCCGUAUUUUACAUCUCAGUUGUCCAUAAACUACGUACUACAGGCCCAGCUAAAAAGUCUUCUGAGAAAAAAAAGUCACAGAAACGUGUCACCCGGUUGGUGCUGACAGUUAUUGGGGUGUACAUUAUUUGCUGGUUACCCUAUUGGGCUUUCCAGCUUGAUAUAGUAGUUUUCACACCACCACUUACUGAAGGACGUAUUUUAAUGUUCCAAACGUUUAACAUCCUUACAUACGCUAACAGUAUGUUAAAUCCCUUACUUUAUAACUUCCUCAGUGAUAAUUUCCGUAAAAGUUUCACAAAAGCAUUUAAAUGUACUUCGCGUUUCGAGGUCAACCGUUCCCUCCGAGCAGAAAACAGUAUCUAUCCAAAAGGCCGUGAAGCAUACUCACAAACAACAGUUAUCGAAAAACAAGAAUUACAAACUAUAAACCAUUGCGCUACCGAAAACAAAGUCCAGGAAGAUUUUGUCAAUGGGGAAACCCAAACAGAGGACAUUGAUGCCGACGGACCAGAAGCAGUUGUUACGGAGUUGGAAUGAUGUUGGACGGAAUAUUAAUGUGAUGUUACAUAUAUAUUGAAAGGAGAAUAUUUCUGAGACCAUCUGGCGAUCGCUUUACUUCAUGUUAUAAUAUCAGAGAAAUAAAUGCGUUUUCUCCAAGAAUUAAUAGUAUAUCAGUAAGGGAUGUAAAGGAACCCAAAUUAUAUCCUAUAUAUUGUAUUAUUUAAGCGAUGAAUGAUGACUUCACACAUGAAGAAUACAAUCCUAACUUAUCAAAUAAUACAGAAGCAGCGAAAUGGACACGCAUAUUGCAUAUUGCAUAUAAUCAACAAAUACUAAAAGACACAGACACACACACACUAACGCUUACAUACAAACACACAUAUGUAGAACGAUGAAUAUCCAACUAGAUACGCGAAUAUAUUAUAUAUGCGUGCAUACAUAUAUUUAUAUAUGUAUCAGUGUAUGAAGUAUAUUUGCAUAUUUCUGUAUAUUAAUAGUUAUUAUUAGAUAAUUAUAAUAAACUAUAUGCACGAAGAUUGCUGUCUAUUUUAUUACAAUUAUUACUUCAAUAUAUGAAUAUUUCCGUGAUAUAUGUAUGCAAUAAAUGCGAGAUGGCACACAUGCACGUACGUACACACACAAGCAACCACAGAUAUACAUAUAAAAGGAAAAGAUAGAUGUGCAUAUGCAGGCACACAAAACACACAAACAUGAUAUAUGCGUACGUACCUGUAUGUUGUGUGUGUAUGCUGUGUGCAUGCAUACAUGUAUGAAAGCAUCAACAUGUGCAUGCUUACAGGAUUUUACAAGACAAUAGAUUCUGGCAAUCGCCCCUAUAUUGUGAUGGCAUCACUUUGAUAUACAUAUAGACUCAUUUGGACAUUAUACAUCACUGUCUAUACGUCAACCAAUGUUGUGAAAUUGUAAUAUAUUUUUGUCAUUUAUUUCUGUCCAUAUAUCCCUAACCCGUUUCUUUCUUUCU